AUGCUGCGGCAUUCAUCGAGUACAGAUGGCAUCUCAGUGCUAAGUCCCAAUGCACCUGUUCGGCCGAAGAACCGAAUCAGCCAUACCAAAUCGCGGAAUGGAUGCUACACGUGUAAAAGAAGGCGUGUAAAGUGUGAUGAAGAAAGGCCAAUUUGUGGCGCUUGUUCGAUCCGAGGCAGUCAAUGUACCUUUCCAACCCCAGGAAGUACCAAGAACAGGCCCAGGCGCUCUGCUCCUCAUGAUAUCAACGAAACGAUACAUGAAUUGACACCAGAGCAAUAUGACCAUUCGGCACCGAGAGGUGGCCAUGAGUCUGUCAUCAGCCCCCUAUCUUUCAACCUGGGUCCCUCUGGGGCAUCAGCAGACGAAAAUCAAUCCGAGAGUCAUCUGAAUAUGAACGACUUGAACUUACUCCAACACUAUAUUCUACAUACCUCGAAAAAGACAUCUCUCAAUCCCGAAAAAGUCUUGGUGUGGGAGCGUAUUAUCCCGGACAUGGCCAGCACAAAUGAGUUCUUAAUGCACCUGCUUUUGGCCUUGGCUGGUCUCGAUAUCCUAAGUCAGGAAUCCCGAGAAUUCCAAAAUUCUCGCAUCCAACAGAACCAGUUUCACACCUCACAGUCGGCAAAACUCAAAUUGGUGAUCGAGCAUCACCAACUCGGGCUUAAGGGGUUACAGGAAGAGCUUUCUAGUGGCUCCGAUGCAGAAAUCCUGGUGACCGGUUCCAUGCUGAUAGUGGCAUUUGCAUUUGCAUCUCUGCCAUUUGGGAACAUGGGACCUCCUCAACCGUUACCCGAUAACCCAUACGGAGAUUCGCAUCUUACCACGGGCACUCAGAGACCAAACACUCACUGGCUCCGCCUUGUGCGCGGUGUCGCUUUCAUUGCACAGGAGCAUUGGAUGACAGUCAAAGUGAGCCGAUGUAGGGCUCUAAUGCAUUUUAAAAAUAGCCAUGAAGACUGGAAGCUUUGUCGGUCUGAAUUGGAUGAGUUCGUGCCUGAUGGUCUGGGAUCCAAAAUCUCGAAGUUUGCAUCAGGUGCACGAGCUGCAGUCUCCAACCUGCGCAGUCUACUUCAUUCUCUGGAAUUGGAGGCAAAUUCCGAGCAUCCCUCCCCACGAGGCCCUGUGCCGACCAGUCUCUUGAGGGAGCAGGAACAAGCAGUCGCUGUUUUUGAAGAGAUGCACUAUUUGAUUCUCUAUGCACUUCGGCUUCAGAGAGUGGAGCCACAGCCGUCAUCAAAUCUUGAUGUCCAAAAAGAGAUCGAGGAGGCGGCCGUCACAUCGUGGCCGCAUCGUGUUUCUCAGGAAUUCAUCUCCUCGUUGGAAUCUUGUGACAAUUUUGCAACAACUGGAGGGGUUUCCUUCACGAUCCUUGCCCAUUUGUAUCUGACCCUUGCCAUUUUGGAGGGCACAUGGUAUCUCGGGGCCACUUUUGAUGCCGAGAUUGAAAAGAUCAAUACAUUCAUUUCUGGGUUGAGGGAUGAACGAUUGUCGGCGGCGAUGGAAUGGCCGAUCUCAGUGAUCCGAAAAUCUGAUUGA